CCGACCCCUCUGGAUUAUUUUGAGGUCUGUCUGCACCCGUCCCAGCUGCUCUGGAGCCCUGACAGCCGCUCAGAGACUUUCUGAACUCCUCUGCUCACUCUCUCAGUGAUUCUGCUGGUGUGAUUUGCUUAUUAGAAACUUCCAGAAAUUCAUGAUCAGAAAGAGCACACAAGAGUUUUUUUUAAAUAAUAGCACAUCAGAAUGGAGAUCGGUUCACAACCCGCAAACGGUGACAGUAAGACAGAUGUGACUCAUGACCUCACUGAAGAUCUCAGUCAGCAGCUGGAGGACAUCAUCAGCACUUAUCAGACGACCGACCGACCCGCUGACCCUGAGGAUGCUGAGGAGGACACCAUCACUGACGAGAAGGAGCCAGGAAAAGCUAAAGACCAGAAGCUGGAAAAGAAGAUGCUGAAAGGUCUCGGGAAGGAAGCCACGCUGCUCAUGCAAAGCCUGAAUAAACUGGAUACCCCGGAGCAGAAACUGGAAGCUCUCAUCAAAAAACAUGCUGAACUGGUGAGUACAAUCAUCAACGACUGCUUGGGAUUUCUAGGGAAUUUAUCCCGGGUUAAUACUGAUUUGGUGCUCUUUUCAUUUUGCAUCCCGACCUCGAAGCUACAAGAGCAUCGAUCUGAUGAGAAACAGUUGAAGCUUCUGCAAAAGAAAUUUCUCCAGGUGUUGAAGGAGAAAGAUCAGCUCCAGAGCGAACACAGCAGAGCCGUACUGGCCCGCAGCAAACUGGAGGGCUUGUGCCGAGAGCUGCAGAGACACAACAAGACGUUAAAGGAAGAAACUCUACAGAGGUGCCGCGAAGACGAUCUGAAGAGGAAAGAAAUCACCACACAUUUCCAGACCACCCUGACAGGAAUCCAGGUUCAGAUCGAGGAGCACAGCAGCCGAAACGACAAACUGUGCAAAGAAAACAACGACCUGGCUGAGAAACUCAAAGAUCUCAUUUCCAAAUAUGAUCAACGAGAAGCGAAUCUGGAGAAAGUGUUCAAGCACCGAGACCUGCAGCAGAAACUGCAGGAGACGAAACUCGCACAGGCCAACAUGCUGCUUAAAGCUGCUCAGGAGAAACACAAACUAGAGAAGGAACAUUUACUGAAGCAGACGACAGAAGCCAAACUACAGGUUAAACAUCUGAAAGAACAAGAGAAGGACAUGAAGACCCAGCUUGCUCUGUAUUCUGAGAAGUUUGAUGAAUUUCAAGGAACAGUAUCAAAGAGCACUGGUGUGUAUGCCAGCUUCAAACAGGACAUGGAUAAGAUGACAAAGAAGAUGAAAAAGUUGGAGAAAGAGGCGGUGAGCUGGAAGUCCCGUUUUGAUGGCUGUAACAAAGCUCUGCUCGACAUGGUGACAGAUGUGAGUAGCUCAUCCCCUCAAACCAUCCAUCCUUCUGCAUCCCAAUAUCUAACGUGUCGUGUUCUCAUGCAGAGAGCCAUUAAAGAGAAGGAGUUUGAACUCCAGACCUUGAAGACCCAGAAACUGGAGAAGCUCUGUAGGGCGCUUCAGGAUGAGAGAAAGACCAUGCAUGAGAAGCUUCAAAAGUCUACGGCCGACACGACGGUCACUUCUGAGACGGUGGGAGAUGCAGAAGCCACUGAAGAGAAAGUGGAACCCUCAACAGAAGCGGUCACACAAGAUGACCCUGCCCAACCCACCUGCUCGUCCCCGGCGCCCGAGACGCCUCUGACCCACGAGCUCGCCAGUCUGAAGACUCAGAAAGCUCGACUUCAGGAGCUGGCUGCAUCUUUCACCAUCCAACGUCACCUGCAAUUUGAAGCGUACGAGGAUGACAGCUGUGAGUUUUCUGAGAGCACAGACGUCACUCUGGAUGAACAGCAGGAUUCAGAGGCCGACGCCGAGAUCCAGCAGAACUUUACACAGGAGGCAGACACACUGUCUGAAGAACAUCAAGAGAUCAGAGAUAAAGAUAUGGAGUCGGUUGAUUAGAUCUGAAUGGUCAUUUACCAUAUUCACAAAUAAAGUUCAUAUAGAGAAACUUUA